UGCUUCUUUGUAGUGUUCUCAAUAUUCACUAUGGACACAGGAGUGAAGAUGGUUGCUUUGAUGUUUAGUAUGCUGAUCAUUUUUGUUUCCAAUGUGUCAGCCUUGAUCAAUGCUUGCCCAAAAUGUGGCAGUGUUGAAGUUCCUUACCCCUUUAGCACUGAUGGAAACUGUGGGGACCCCAGAUACAAAAUCUAUUGCAACAAUACCACCAACACCCUUGAGUUUCCCUCAGCUGAAGGAUUCCACUACAAAAUCCUCAGCAUUAAUACAAGCACCAACAAGCUCAUAAUAAACCCACCAACAUUGCAAGAAACCACAUCGUGUUACUCUUCUGAUUUCCCACUUCAAGGCUUGAGGCUUGAUGACAGAUCACCCUUUAACAUAUCCUCCCACAACACUGUCAUGCUGCUGAAUUGCUCCGACAACCUUCUCUGCUCGCCGCUGAAUUGCUCGUCGAGCAGCCUUUGCCGGCAAUUCGAGGAUCAGAUGGAGGAGGGAAGUGGGUGUAGAGGUACACUUUGUUGCCAUUACUUGAAGGAUUCAAGCAUGAAUUCACAUUUUAUAAGACUCAGGUAUGGAGGGUGUACUGCUUAUACUUCUGUGGUGGACGUGCAGCCUUCUGAUCCUGUUGAUAAGUGGAAUUAUGGCAUUGAAUUACAAUGGUUGCCUCCUAAUUACUGA